AUGACAGCCACCAAGCUUUGGACCCACAAGAAGAACAUGGACCCCCACGCGCGAAUUCGUUCCAGAGAUGAGUUGCGUCCGCAAGUGGCUCAUCAAGUAUCCCAUGAACAGAAGGAAGAACUCGAAGCACCGCAGCAGUACUUUGUGGAGCUGAAGAAGCUCAAAAAGGCACCGCCUGCGGAGAAGAUCAUCACAAAGACCUUUGGGGGAGUUGAGAUGAAAGGCAUCUUGGUCUCUACGGGGCCUGAGGGUUGGUGGAAAGUCAAGAAUUCGGAGACAAAGGCAGUGACAUCUACCAAAACCGAGACAAGUGAAGACUUUGACCUUCGCGAGAACCAACAUGUACUGCACCAUGUGGAGUUGGCCAAGUCUGAGCUGGGGAGCUACUCAGACAUUGUCAACACAGACAGUUGCUUUUCUUUGGCAGCCAUGCUUGAUGAGCUUGAUGAUGAGCAAG